AUGGUUCAAACAUUAUUUCACGAUAACAUCACUGUUUACUCCACUGAUACAAAUGGACAGACAACUAGUAAAAGUUGCAUAAUUUUGAAUCUGAAAAUAGAUGAACGACAGAAUAGAGCAGAGAAGGAAUUCAUAUUUUGUAUAUCGCGAGAUGAUGAUCCUUUGUUUAUAUAUACACUGUCACUUCGGCGAUCUGAAUAUGAAUUGCUGAAACGAGAACAAGAAUUAGAUGCUGAAUUCGAUGCAUUUCCUAAGAAAAUAAUCGACUUUGUUUCUUGCCUGGAUAGUAGCAAUGGAUCUCAUCUUCGGGGAGGCCUUAACGAUAAUAAUGCUUUAUUCAAGUUUGAUCUAGUCGGAAAAAUGGGCUUUAAAUGGGUUACGGUUCUUUCUUUACCUCUUCGAAGAGUAACUGAUAAAGCUUUAAUAACGUAUCUUGUUGAAAAAAUCAUGAAGUAUAAGGCGUGUUUAAAAGAGCUGGAUACUUUGCGUGAUUUGUUAUUAUCGGAACAAGCGGAAAACAAAAAUUUGCGAAAUUCACUGCUUUCAAAAGAAAAGAUGCAUUCAGAUUGCCUUCAGAAAUGGGAAGAAGAGCGUAAUGAAAUUAUUGAAAGCAAACAUAAGCUUAAAGAAUUGAACGAGGAACUCGAAGCAGAUAAGCAGAUGCUUACACAAGAAGUAAGCACUUUAAAGGAAGAAGUAGUCGAUUUUCGUGAUAGAAUCGAUGAUCUGAUUGAACAGGUUAAUCACUUGGAAGAUAGAGUGCAUGUCCUGACUGAAGAACUCGAUGUUUCUGAAAACCAGUUACAUGAUUUGGAACAAAAAAAAGAAGAGUUGCAACAGGAACUAAAUGAUAGAGAUGAUCAAACGCAUAGCUGUAUAAUACAGAUACGUGAUCUGAAGGAUGCAAUAGAUGAUGCUGACAGAGUGAAUAAAGAAUUACGCCAGAAAUUACAAUUUGUUAACGAAGAGAUUAAUCAUUGGAAAAGCGAGCAUGAUAAAGCUGUUAAGAUUAUUAAAAAACUUUAUAGUGAAAAAAACCGUCGUGCUGCUAUUGGUGAUGGUAUAAUGAUAAAUGAAAAAAUGAAUGAUAUGGAAAAGGAUUUGGAGGAACGUAAAAGAGCUAUUGAUGCUUUAACUGACUCAAAUGCACAGUUAAGAGCAAAGAUGGAUAAUCUGACAACGGAAUGCGAGCAGGCAAAGAAAGAUGCGGAAAUGUGGAAAGUUAAAUGUGAGAAAAAAGAAGCAUUAAUCAGUGAUCUUAUUCAAUGCCGGCGAUCACCUAUCAUUACUCCACCACAGCAACAAUCAAAUUUAACUUAUGCAAAUACUCCGCCCACUAUCUAUCCUCGUGUUUUAGGAGUGACAAAUUGGACUGCUCAAAUAACUACACCUUUACGAAAUAUGGGAACUACCAUAAAAACUUCAGAUCAGCAGAAAGAAAAUCAGCUAAACUCAUUGGCUAUAACACCACCAACUGAAGUACAAACGUCAGCAGGAAUUGGAAGAGCUAAAACUUAG